GCAUUCGCCUCUUUGCGCGAAAGACAAGGCCGUGUAGAUGACGCUAGGCGCUGGUACUCGCAAGCCCUUCUCGGCUAUCAGAAGACGUUUGGGCCAGACCACUACAAGUGCGAGUCGUUGCGCAACAAUAUUGCGUCGCUGGUGCCUGGAGAGGCACGGAGCAAUAGUACGUUUCUGCGCCUGAAUUGCUGUUUCUAUUGA